CAAAAUUCUGCAUUUUAACGUAGGACAGGAAAUAUGAAAAGAGCCGGGCAGAACCCAAAGAGCACCCUCGGUUAGGCCGAGGUUCGCCAGCUUCAGCCCAGAGCAAAUCAAAGGGUUUGCUUCACUUAUCCAUCCACCCGUGAUUUUUCCAGUGCUUUGGAAGUUGCAGCUCCUUCGCUAACAGGUUUUAAAGGAUUUGCAUUGCCGCUUCUCUCUGGAGCAGCUCUGCAGAGGGUUUUUUUUCCUCCCUUCUCUUUCAUGCUUUAUUUCCUGACUCCACAGUGGGAUGGGUCGGUUGCAAAAGAUUCUCUUUCCCUUUUUGGGAUUGGUUUUGGCCUUCUGGUUUUAUUCUGCGAGGGAGAAUUUCAAACCGGAGAUGCUGAAAGGAAAGCGGGUGAUUGUCACCGGAGCGAGCACCGGAAUCGGAGAGCAGAUGGCGUAUCACCUGGCGCGGAUGGGAUCCCACGUCUUCAUCACAGCACGGACAGAGGCCAAGCUCCAGAAAGUGGUGCAGCGGUGCCUGGAGCUGGGGGCAGCCUCUGCCCGCUACGUCAGCGGCUCCAUGGAGGACACGGCCUUCGCCGAGCGCGUGGUGCAGGAGGCAGGGACCGCGCUGGGAGGCCUGGACAUGCUGAUUCUUAACCAUGUUGGCGCAUCGUACUUUGGUUAUUUCAACGGGGACGUCGGGCACGUCCGAAAGCUCCUGGAGAUCAACUUCCUGAGCUACGUGGCCAUGGCCACGGCCGCCCUGCCCAUGCUCAAGGAGAGCGGAGGGAGCAUCGUUGUGGUUUCAUCUAUGGCGGGUAAAGUCGGAUUUCCCUUUACGGUUCCCUAUUCCGCAACUAAGUUUGCCUUGGAUGGAUUUUUCAGCUCCCUGAGGCAGGAAUUCGCCAUUCAGAACGUUAAUGUUUCCAUCACGCUCUGCAUCCUCGGCUUCAUCGAUACUGACAGCGCGGUCCGCGCAGCCGCAGACGUGCUGCUGGUGGCGCCGGCGCCGCGGGAGGAGUGCGCGCUGGAGAUCCUGCAGGGGGCGGCGCUGAGACGGCGCGAACUCUAUUACCGGUACGGCGGGACGCGGCUGCCGCUGCUGCUGCGGGACUGGGCGGCCGAGCUGCUGGACUACCUGGUACGGAGCCGCUACCGCCUGGACGCCAUGAAGGGGACGUCCCCUCAGCAGCCCCCGAGCGCUUAAAGGGUUUGGAACGAACGGCGGGUGCCGGCGCGGGAGGGUUUCGCCGGUGCAACAGCGUCCCCUGGCGGUGGAGACGCGGCGUUGCAGCCCCGCCGCUCCUCCCGUUCGAAAUGAAUCUCCGCUUGUGCUUUGACAAGUUAAUUGUUUUUCAGUAGAUGGUUAUCGCCUCUGACGGGACGGGCACACAGCGCGGUGCUGCGGGGAACCCGCCGUGUCCCGUCUGGUUGGACCCAUUCCCUUCCCCAGAGGAGGGAACAGUAAUUCACCUAAUUAUUAAAUAAAAUUUACUAACCUAA